GGAGAGAUAAAGCGAGGUAGAGGAAGAGAGAGGUUUAGUUCAAAUAAGAAAAUCGUUCAUCUUGCAACAAUAAAGCAUUUGGUGCGGGCAGCGCAUGCAGGCCUAGCUGGAAAAUUACAAGAGUCUCUUUCUCUCACACUCCUGCACACUUAUUUUUUUCCUCUCACACUCGUGGAGCUCAGGGGGUCGCUGCAAGUCAGCAACAAAAUGGGAACCUCUUCAUUCAUCACGUCUCACCUUUCUUUUUUUCAUUUUGACUCGCUGCAUUUAUGAUUGUGCGGCUGCUGUGCUGCUGUGAGAAGAGGUGAAAGGAGGGACAGUCUGCCAGAGGAUACAGGUGCAGAUGCGGCAGGCCAUGAGCGGAAUACUGAAGAGGAAAUUUGAGGAGGUGGAAUCCACCUCCUCCCCGUGCUCUUCCCUGCGGGAGUCUGAUGAUGAGGUCUCCUGCAGCGAGAGUGGGGAUAGCAGUGACAGUGUCAACCCCUCAGCCUCAGGCCCUUUCACCCCUGAUUCCAUAUUAAAGCGAGAGAAGCGUGUGCGCACCAGGAGGGUGCAUUUCGAGAACGUGACGGUUUACUACUUCGGCCGGCGACAGGGCUUCACCAGCGUGCCCAGCCAGGGCGGCAGCACACUGGGCAUGUCCAACAGGCACAGCUGGAUCAGGCAGUACUCACUGGGCGAGUUUGCCCUGGAACAGGAGAGGAUCCAUAGAGAUAUGCUCCGAGACCACCUGAAGGAGGAGAAACUCAACUCGAUCAAGCUCAAGCUGACUAAGAACGGCACGGUGGAGUCUGAGGAGGCCAACACGCUCACGGCAGAGGACAUCUCCGACGACGACAUUGACCUGGACAACACAGAGGUGGACGAGUACUUCUUCCUGCAGCCGCUCACCACCAAGAAGCGUCGGGCGCUGCUGCGUACCUCCGGGGUGAAGAAGAUCGACGUGGAGGAGAAACAUGACCUGCGGACCAUCCGGAUGUCCAGGGAGGACUGCGGCUGUGACUGCCGAGUCUUCUGCGACCCUGAGACCUGUGCCUGCAGCAUCGCGGGGAUCAAGUGCCAGGUGGACCGCAUGUCAUUUCCGUGCGGCUGCACAAAAGAGGGCUGCAGCAACGCAACCGGCCGAGUGGAGUUCAAUCCCAUCCGCGUUCGGACCCAUUUCUUGCACACUAUAAUGAAGCUCGAGCUGGAGAAGAGUCGUGAGCAGCAGCAGGCGCCCCCAGCCAACGGCUACCGCGGCGAAACCAACGAACUGGCAAGCGGGAAUCCUCUGGUGCAGUCCCAGCACAGGUUGGAAUACUCACUGUCCGACACCGGGCCACAGACGGCUGGCGUCCACCUGCAGAACAUGGACGAGAUGGAGGCGCCUCUGGACGACGAGGAAGAGGACGAUGAGGACGAGGAGGAGGAGGAGGAGGAGGAAGAGGAGAAUGAAGAUGACGAGGAUAGUAGCAGCAUUUGCAGCGGACUCUCUGACUCCAGCACACAGAGCUUAGCAAACAGUGACUCUGAGGAGGAGGAGGAGGAUGAAGAGGACGAUGAGGAGAAGUCUGAGGGCUUUGGGACGGACUUGACUGCCCCGCCGGUGUUGCACACUGAUGUGGUCCCUCUGUCCGCUGUGCUGUGUUACAGUGACAGCUCUGUGUCACAUGACAACCACAUGAAUGGAAACGCUUAUUUAAUGAACUCCCCUUCGGCUGAGUACUAUCAGCUGGGGAGCUCCGGGGCCGUCUCCAGCGGCCAAACCAGCCAACCCAGUGAACCCUAUGGGGAAGCCUUAGCAUUCCCAGAUCCGGUGGGCGUGACCAACGGCGGCGCGGCACAGGGGCCGUUCGACGUGGCCGCCGGGCAGUACACGGACUACUCCAAUCAGGCUGCAGAACAAUACGCAGCCAAUCACCACUUCACCCUGGCCAACGGGGCUCCGGCCGCCCCUCUGACCUGCUUCACGGCGGAUCCGGAGAAGAAGGUGCUGUCCAAGGCGUCGCCCGUGGAGCCGCCUGAAAACCAGAACCAGACGCAGUUCCAGAACUACCUGAACAAUAACUCCCAGGGCUCCUACAGCUCAUGUAUGACAGCGGAGCCGCCACAGCAAGACUCUGGCGUUAACAGACAAUCUGAUCUGACCUUGCUAGCGAACAGUACUAAGAACCUCCCUUUACCAGACCAUUGCCCCGAGGUCACAGCCAUUUAGUGAGCCACAUGUUGUUAAGUGUUCUUUUCACCGGAGCGUCUUCACCGGAGCCUGACCCAGUGGUGUUUCAAAGGGAACAUAUUCAUGGUCUAUUUUUUUUUUUUUUUAAAUGAUCUGACCUUGCAUUUCAAAGCAAUUCACAUUUCAGCUGUAGCUAUAAAGGCACAGGCUGAUGGACACUGAAUGUUUCUGCACAGGAGCGAGGAGAAGUAAAAAAAAUAAUAAUCAAAAUAUAAGUUAUGUCAUGCUGUGCAAUGUAUCUUGUAAUUUCAGAUGUAAAGUUCUAGUUCAAAGCAGAUAUCGUUCUGUAAAUGUUACUUUUCUAUGUCUACUGUUUGUGUCGGAUGUGCAAAAAAAAAAAAAAAGGUUUAUUGUCCGUUUAUUUAUUGUUUUUCAGAAUUAUGUGCAUAACUUAUAUAUUGUAAAUGUUUUGAAAACGACGUGCAUGCUGUUUAAGGCGAAUCUCUGUGACAUUUGGGCAGGAAAAAAGAAAACUGCUAUCGUUUUAUA